AUGCGAAAACUCCGACAUGUACUCUCUUCGAGCAUUGCUUCUCUUGAAAUCCGUACAGAAAGAAAUGGAGAUAUUCUCGCUCAUCAUGAAUCCCGUGGAUCGUUCCAUCGGGGGUUGUUUCGAGAGAAGCAAUGCUCGAAGAAUUACCAUGUACAUCCUAGUGGAGGCUUUUUGGAGGCAAAUAAGCCUUUGGUGGAAUCUGAAUGUCCCCGACGAUCUGUAUCAGCAACUGCAACAUCCAUACCUACCACGACGAAUAUUGAAACAAGUAGUAGUAGGAUUGAAGAAACAAAUAAUCUCGUCAAAUCAUUUCAUGAAAUACCCGGACCAAAAGGAUUUCCUUUGAUUGGCAAUGGCAUCUCACUCGCUCGUCAUUCAAAAAACAUUAAUCAGUAUUUUGUGGAUUUGGUGCAGAACUAUGGUGAUAUGGUACGAUUGAAUGUGUUUGGAAAACGAAUGUUAAUAUUGGCCAAACCUGAGCUGCAUAUUGAGCUCGCUCGUGUAGAUGAGGGGAGAGCUCCUGCCUAUCCGCUGAGGCAAAUCAAGAUGGAGAAUGGAAUGAUUCUCACCCCUAUUGAAUUGGAGAGUCAUGAAGAUUGGCAACAAAUGAGAAAGUUAUACAAUGUUGCUUUAAAACCAGAUUUUCUUGAAAAUAUUUCAUUGCCACAAUUAACCGAAUUGAAUAGUUACUUUUUAAGGAAUCUAAUUACUGGACAUUUACGGAGUAUCAACGAAAAUGGAAAUUAUGAAAUAGUGAAUACUUGGAAAUUUAUUACACAGUACACCUUCAAUGCCGUAUUGAAGAUAUUCCUAGGGGAAAAGCUGGUUGGAGAAAAUUUGAAAAAACUGCCUUUUGAAUUUGAAGAUUUUGUUUCAGAUGUGAUGAAAAGUUUGGAUUUGGCAAUCAAAAUGUCAUUUCAGAUUCCUUUAUACAAAGUAAUGAAAACAAAGGACUAUACAGCCUUGAAAUAUUCCUACGAAACAAGUAUCAGCAGAGCUCAGACAUGCAUUCGACUAUUUGCGAGCCCAUCAUCUGUGAAACCUCGGCUUAAAGAAAUGGUUGAGGAGAAAGCAAAAGACAUGGAACGAAAAGAGGAAGCGGUUGCCAUUGUACUCGCUUCCUUCCUCAUGGCAGGUGUAGAUAUUACGGCUCGUGUCAUUUCCAUUCUCAUGUUCCGAAUUGCACACGAACCUGAAUAUCAAGAAAAGCUGUAUCAGGAGUGUUUAGAAGUUUUUGGAGAGCCAACGAUUGAUGAAAUUACUUCUGAGAAUGGUUUAAAUGUCACAUUUUCUCAUUUCAAGCAGUUGAAACUUGUAAAACAUUUUGUCAGCGAGAGUAUGAGACUGAAUCAUGUUGGAUAUGUGGCCAGUACAAGAUUUUUACAAAAUGACAUUACGCUUGGAGGAUAUUCCAUCCCAAAACAGACUCAAGUCAUUUUAUUUGAAAAUCCAGCGUUUACAGAGAAGUAUGUUCCAAACUGCACACAAUUCAUUCCAGAGCGUUACAAUCAGGAUUCUACCUUUGCGAUCAAACACCAUGUGAAUGUGACAAAUCCAUUCGGUUUGGGAGCAAGACAAUGCCCAGGCUCUCGAGUAGCAAAAACUGAAGUCAUCAUGUCGCUCAUCAAUAUUAUUCGACACUUCAAGUUAAAACACUCAGGACAUGAAUUUCCCAAAUUCGAAGACAACCAAUCUCUCUUCUACAUUGACAUGGACAAGCACAAAUUGUAUGUGACGCCUAGAGAACAUUUAACAAGAAAUGGCAAGUUUGAGAAGAUGUUUUCUCUCACAUCCGCUGGUCAUUAA